CCAUUUCUUCCAAUUGAUUAUCACUCAAAACAAUCGAAAAAUUCGUAUAGAUUCUGUAUUUGAUUCUCAAUUUCUUCAAGUUCCCACACAAAGCCGUAGUGUUUCGAUUUCAAAUUUGUAUUAUGGCUACUGAAGAACGAGUUCUCCCCAUGGUGGUCGUGGCUGAACCUGUCGCCGACAAAAAACCUGGCAAAGAAAACCCUCCGGCUGAAACGACCACGUCUAAGAAAAACACCACCAAAAAGGAAUCCAAGCCUAAAAAAGCUGCUGCUGCCCUUCGAAAACGAAAUCCUCCUUAUCUUGAGAUGAUUGAAGAUGCGAUCGUGACGUUGAAGGAUAGGACUGGAUCUAGUCAGUACGCAAUUACAAAGUUCAUUGAGGAGAAGCAGAAGAAUCUUCCAGCGAAUUUCAAGAGGCUUUUACUGGUUCAAUUGAAGAAGUUUGUGGCUUCUGGAAGGCUGGUCAAACUGAAGGCUUCGUACAAGCUUCCCCCAUCUCGUUCAUCGGCUCCGAAGCCAGCCUCUUCUGCACCGGUUAAGAAAAAGACUGUUCCAGUUGCCAAGCCGAAAGCCUCUGCUGUGAAAACCACUACGGGAAAGAAGCCUGCCCCUUCAAAAGCCAAGCCAAAGCCGAAGGCGGUUGCUGCCAAGCCCAAGCCAAGUGCUAAUGCUAAGCCAGCUACAAAGCUUAAAGCUGUUGCAGCGCCUAAGGCAAAGGCAACUGCCAAGAGAAAGGCAGUAGCGAAGACAAAGUCUGAAAAGAAGCCACCGGCUAAGGUACAAAGGACCUCAACUAGAACAACUCCUGGGAAGAAGGUAGCAGCGCCAGCAGCAGCUAAGAGGGCCUCGGCUAGGAGCGUGAAGCCGAAGGGCUUUAAGUCUUCCGUAAAGAAAGUAGCUAUGAAGGGAAGGAAGUGAGAGGGAUAGUAUUGAAAAUAACUAUGGUUUGUAGGGAUAACUCUGUAAAUUCGACUGGUCCUUUUCCAUUGUGCAUAACUGUUUUUUAUGCCAACAGUACUUUACAUAAUCCACUGUUUUUCUAAUUUCCUCAUUUA